UUCAUUACCGCAGCUCACGUCGCUCUCGACAUGAUGUUCUUUAAAACGACGCCAACGGUGUUAAUUUUUGUAACAGCGUUGAUGUGUAUUGGAUUGAUAACGGGCAAGUCACAUAAACAUGCCGAUGGUCCGAGUUGCCAGAACUUUUCAGCGGGUGUGAACUUCAAAGACGAGCAAGCUUAUGGCACGUGGCAUCUGCUGCAUUUCAAAACGGAACUGUCCAAAGGGUCUGGUGAAAAGCAUUGUGUUUCGUUCUCCGCUCUUAGUAAGGAGGAAAGAACUGAUCUUGAAGAACGUAUAGGAAAAUUUGUGGAGAACCUUAAAUGGGAAAACAUGUCUUUGAAAAUGCAAAUACCCUGCGCUGAAAUUAAUUCCAACAAAACCAGGGAUUAUUAUCUAGAACGACUUCGCGAUGAUGGCUCUUAUAGAACUUUACAAAUGCCACCUCCCACAGCUAAGCUCGACUUGGCUGAUUUCAGUCGCUACCCAAUGCGUUUGAAGAUCAUUGAAGGUCAGUACCUCGGAAUGAUGGACUGUCACGAGAAAUUUGUCUUCUUGAUGGGAAAGCAACCUCCAACGGAGAAGCAAAUUGACGACCGACUUAAGAAAAUGAUAGAGGCAUAUUGGCCUGAAGAAAAUUGAUAAUAUUUUGUAUACUUUAAAAGCAUAUAGUUAUGAUUAUUUCAUAAUAUUUAUGAAAG